AUGGCAGUCUUUUCGCACUUGAUUCGGUUUGAAGCCGACGACGGAAAGACCUAUUACGGUGAUCUGACAAAAGAGACGCCAACAAGGGAGAUCACAGGAAAGGAGGUCUAUGUGCUAGAAGGGGACGUGAAGAGCGGAUUCAGCAAGAACGGUGGCAAAGCCAAAGUAUCGAAGCUGCUAUGUCCACUGCCGACCACAAACAUCAUCUUAUGUGUGGGUUUGAACUAUAGAAAACACGCCGAGGAAUGCAAUCUCACCGUUCCGUCCAACCCGGCCAUCUUCAUGAAGCCGAGCGAUGCCCUCGCCGGACCGCUUGAUGACAUUCCCAUCCACAAGGACUGCCAAAGUGAUCUCGACUACGAAGGAGAGCUGACAAUCAUCAUUGGCAAAGACUGCAAAAAUGCUACCGAAAGCAAUUGGCAAGACUACGUCCUCGGCUACACAGUCGGCAAUGACGUCAGCGCGCGAAACUUCCAGCUCCCAGCUACCGUCUCGGGUGGUCAAUUUGGUUACGCAAAGUCAUUCGAUAAGUUUGCGCCGAUAGGGCCAUGCAUUGCGAGCAAGGAGGUUGUUGGUGACCCUCAAAAACUGAAGUACUGGACCAAGGUCAACGGAGAGAAGAGGCAGGAGACGAGCACAGACGAUAUGAUAUUUACUAUUGGCGAGAUCAUUCAGCACCUCAGCCGAGGCACGACGCUGAGGGCUGGUACUGCGAUCCUGACCGGUACGCCGAGCGGCGUCGGCCUUUUCAUGGAGCCGAAGGGAUUCUUGAAAGAUGGCGAUGAUGUGGAGAUCUAUGUUGAGGGGAUUGGGAGCAUCAUCAACAAGAUGAAGUUCGAGUAA